AUGCAGGGCUUGGGGGAGGUGGAGGACAGCGUGACCGUGCAGGUCAACGAUGACGGCAGUAGGGGAGGAGAGGCGAGCACGACGCCGCCGCAGCAUCAGCCGCCCAACAACGCCGGCGUGCCCAAGCCCAAGCGUCUGGCGUGUAUGGUCUGCCGGAAGAGGAAAUUGAGGUGCGACGGCAACAGGCCGUGUUGUAGUACCUGCACGAGGCUGGGCCACGACUGCGCGUACGACGAGGUCAGGAGGAAGAGCGGUCCCAAGCGUGGCUAUGUGAAGGCUCUGGAGGAACGGUUGAAACAAGUCGAGACGCUGCUCAAGACGCAGGAACCGCCAGCAGCGACCGCCUCCAAGACCGCCAGCAGCAAUACGCCACCCAUAAGUUCCCGCACCGAGCCCAAGAUCAGUAGUACCACACCACCAGUACCGUCCCUCAAUGUGCCUGACCCGCCUAUCAAUGCUGGCGGUGGCCGAGAAAGGGAUUGCUGGGACUUUACCGGCGACAACUCUCCCAGACCGCAGCAGCAGCAGCUUGCACCUGAUACCUUCGACUUCAACUCGAUCAACAUGCAGAACAACUUCACCUGGGAGAUGAUAGGCCUGGGCUUGGAGGAGCCCCUACCUCCACAAGAAUCCAUUGAUGAAUUUCACCAGAUAUACUUUGAAAAGAUCCACCCUUCUAUGCCGAUGAUACAUAAAUACCGCUAUCUUGCGGCUAUGAACCUAGCACCAAAUCAACGGCCACCGGUAUGCCUCAGAUACGCAAUAUGGACAAUGGCUUGUUCGGUGUCGGACAAGUUCUCGUCUCUCCGAGAUUUAUUCUACCAGAGGGCUAGGAAGUAUGUCGAGGCCGAUUAUAUCAAGGGGUUUGGAGAGCACCUGAUCUCGGUCGCCCACGCUCAGACCCACUGUCUGCUCGCCCAAUACGAGUUCAAGAUGAUGUUCUUCCCGAGGGCCUGGAUGAGCACUGGCUCGGCCGUCCGUUUGUCCCAGAUGAUGGGGCUGCACAGACUUGACGGCGGUGGCCUGGAUGUGAAGAUGUGCAUUCCGCCCCCACGGGAUUGGACUGAAAGAGAGGAAAGGAGACGGACUUUCUGGAUGGCCUUUAUUGAGGACAGGUACGCCAGCAUCGGCACGGGGUGGCCCAUGACCGUCGACGAAAAGGACAUCACGUCCAACAUGCCCUCGUCGGAGGAUGCCUUCGACAUGAGCAGGCCUGAGCAGACGCAGACCCUCUCGGAAUCCAUGACCCCAGCCGGUGCCGGCAAGAUCUCCACCAUGGGUGGCAUCGUGCUCAUGGCAUGUCUCUUCGGCCGCAACCUUCUCCACCUUCACCGACCGGAUGUCGAUGAUCGAGACCACGAUCUGAACGGAGAGUACUGGAAGCGGCAUCGAAACCUGGACAACAUUCUCCUCAACACCUCUCUGUGUUUGCCGGCCCACCUGAAGUUACCUGCUGGGCUGUCGAACCCGAACGUCAUCUUCACCAACAUGUGUAUACAUACCUCGACCAUCUGUCUCCACCAGGCCGCCAUCUUCAAGGCAGACAAGAACAGAUUGCCUGCCUCAGUAAGCUCCGAGAGCAAAGUACGCUGCAUCACCGCGGCCAACGAGAUCGCCAGCACCAUGCGGAUGAUUUCGCACAUUGAUCUCUCCACUAUCAACCCCUUCACCUCCUUCUGUCUCUAUGUUGCCGCCCGAGUCUUUGUGCAGUACCUGAAGAGUCGACCUGACGAGAGCCAAACUGCCGACUCUCUAAGGUUCCUUCUUGCGGCGAUGGGCGCGCUGAGGAGGCGCAACCCGCUGACAGAGUCUUUCCUGGUCCAGCUGGAUGUGGACCUUGAGGCUUUGGGAACGCGCAUCCCGAAGCUGAGGUCGGCCUUCCCGCGCAGUACGGAGUCGAGCAAUGAAGCGGCCGACGCUGGCAAGACCCCUGAUAUGCUCGAUAUUGAUCCAGCCCUCUCAAGUGCCCCCCAACAACCCAUCCCGAGCUUCAGCUCGCUGAAUGCGCAGUGGCGAAACGAGAGCUCCAGGGCAAUCCUCGAGAAGAUGCGGCAGGCUGGAUCCAAUGCGAACUUCUUCGGGUCGAGUCUGAUACAGGAGCUGGGCGUCGAGGCCACCGGCGACAUGUCUCUCUCGCCGGACGCGGCACACUCUUCGGACCGGCCGACGCCCAACUCAAGCACAUCUGCCUCGGACCGGCACAACAGCGGCAGCGGCAACCUUACGGCCGCGGGCAGCAGCAGCCGUUCAGGCCGAAACUCGUUCGAGGCCUCCCCGGCGUCCUCGUCUACGAACUUGCAAGGCCAGGGCGGCCGCAUGCCGGGCGAUGCCGUGCACAACAUGUUCGAUAGUAUACCGGAGGGCCUAUCUGGACACGACAUGCCAACGGGACUUACGCCAGGCAGACCAUUCAGCAUGUCGAUGGAGACGCCCAAGGACACGACGGGGUCUGGCGACGCCACCGGCACAGGCGACUUCAACUGGGAGAACUUUGCCUCGACGGGCACGGGGAUGACGCCAAUGAGUGAGGGAAUGCUUCGGACGAUGCUGCAGAUGGGGCCCAUGGAGACGAUGGACUUGGGAUGGGACAAUCCUACUUGA